AUGUCGCAAAUUCGUAGUGGGGUUUCCCAGGUCUUGGCAUUCUCAACCUUCCUGCAAAGCACAGUAGAACACGAAAAGUCUCGCCAUCCGAAUGUGCUUCCCGGAGUCGUGUCCGAUAUUCUACUGGUCCUCCUCCGCCUUCUUGCACCGAACGUUCUUUCCAACGACAAUGCGGUUCUCGUAUGUAUGCAUCCUGACAUGAAUCACAUGAUAUGCAUUUGA